AGCGGCCGAGACCCGCUUCCGUGCACAACGGCUGCAACCCUGCUGGGGCGCAAGCGACACGCCCGGACGACAGGAAUCGGAAGCCCGCAGCAACAACUUCCGGCUAGCCCCCGGAAAACUACAGGGCCCGAAAGGCCGCGCGCGCGGCGGAAGUGGGCGCACGUGACGCGUCGCGCCCACAGCGCCGGCUACGUUGCGGGAAGGGAAGUCGGCCCCGCGGCUGCUGGGCUUGGCUGCUGGGCGGAGGUGGCGCGCUAGCUUGGACCCCUUGGAGGCCGCCUCGGGGCUCCAGGAAGAUGUUACCAAGUAUUUCAGUGAAUUCUCCAGUGCAGGGGAACGGAGUGUUGAACUCCAGGGAUGCAGCAAGACACACAGCUGGAGCAAAACGCUACAAAUACCUGAGAAGACUUUUUCGUUUUCGGCAGAUGGACUUUGAAUUUGCUGCAUGGCAGAUGCUCUACCUAUUUACUUCCCCACAGAGAGUUUAUAGAAAUUUUCAUUAUCGAAAGCAGACAAAGGAUCAGUGGGCCAGAGAUGACCCUGCUUUCUUGGUCCUGUUAAGUAUUUGGCUCUGUGUGUCCACUAUAGGAUUUGGCUUUGUUCUGGACAUGGGAUUUUUUGAGACGAUAAAGCUGCUCCUUUGGGUUGUAUUCAUAGAUUGUGUAGGCGUUGGUCUGCUCAUAUCAACUUUAAUGUGGUUUAUCUCUAACAAGUAUUUAGUGAAACGGCAAAGCAGAGACUAUGAUGUGGAGUGGGGCUAUGCCUUCGAUGUGCAUCUGAAUGCUUUUUAUCCUCUCUUAGUCAUUCUGCAUUUUAUCCAGCUUUUCUUCAUUAACCAUGUUAUCCUGACAGACACAUUUAUUGGAUAUUUUGUUGGAAAUACCUUGUGGUUGGUGGCAGUGGGCUAUUAUAUCUACGUAACCUUCUUAGGAUACAGUGCAUUGCCAUUUUUGAAAAAUACAGUAAUUCUUCUUUACCCAUUUGCACCUCUCAUUCUGCUCUACGGCCUGUCACUAGCGCUAGGAUGGAACUUCACCCACACACUGUGUUCCUUCUACAAGUACAGAGUGAAAUGAAGGCAGUGUUGGUGAAGUGACGACUGCUUCCAAAACUGUUCUGCAGGCCAGAAGUCAGGGCGGGCUUGGUUCGAGUCCUCUGCAUAGGAUCUCACGAGGCUGGAGUCACGGUGUUGGCGGGGCUGGGCUCUCAUCUGCUGGAGAAGACUCUAGUUGCAAGCUCCCUCAGUUUGUUGACUGAUCGAGUUCCUGUGGCUGUAGGGCUGGAGGUCUGGGUCCUGUGGCUGUCGGCGGAGGCCUCUCUCAGCUCCUGACAAGCAACUGCAUUUCUUCUCCUGGGGCCCCUCCAUCUUAAAUCAGCAGUGGUGCCUCGAGUCCUUCUGCUUUGAAUCUGACUUAUGCUACCAGCCUGAGAAAACUCUGCUUUUAAAGGGCUCACAGGGUUAGAUUAGCUGAACAUGAUUAUGGGUGAGAUUCAUGGCUUCCGCCCACACGCAAAAGGGGAGGAUCUCAUCUACGGUACCUGAAGGUCACCUGGAGAAUGCUGGCUACUACAAAUAGACAAUGCCAUUGAUGAGAGCAAUCACUCCAAACGUGCUGUUUCCGUAUUAACCAAACUUGCCUUUGAGGACAGCACUGUUGGGAGACCACCUUUUGGUGACCAUAACAUCGAAAAGAAGCCUUCAGAACGUUGCUGAAGGUUUUGAAAUAAGGACACCUUCUGCUGAUCUGAAAAGCUGUACCUUUUCCAAAGACCUCUCCGUGGCUGAAUUAAUAUACACACACGUGUCUACAGCCUGCGUGCCAAAUCAUCCGCGUGCACUUUUUCCAAAAGCUUUUCAAUCUCACUGCCUGAAACCACUGUUCUUGUUUGGCGACACGGUAGGACCCUGUGCGUGUGUAAAGAGCACAUGAGACUUAGAGAACUCAGAAAUCUGGGGUCUUAGAAUCCCAGAAACAGUCCUCAACCUUCUCACCUACAAUAAUCAUCAUCUGCA